CAAUAAAGAAAAUAUAAAUUAAUUCCAUUGCACAAGCAUUACUUUACAUUUAUUUUUCGUAAUUAAAAAAAGCUGCACCAAUAAAUUGAUGUGAUUGAAUUGAUAUAUUCAGUAUAUACAAAUUUACAACCUCAAAGAAGUGCUCUUUUGCUAAAAACAAACCUAAAUAGAAAAACAAAGUAAAUACCAAGUUGUCUUGCCUCAGUUUUGUUUUACUCAAAUAAAAUGUAAUGCAUAAUCCUUUUACAUUUCGAUUUUUAUUGACGACGACGAUGUGACCUAGUUUUUUCCUCAAUAUUUGAUUUGAUCACAUUUAAUAUUUCAAUUUCUGUUCAGUUCAGUUUAGAACGCACAACCCAACAAAAACAAAAGGAAAAUAAAAUUUGAUUUCGCAAGUCUCGUCAUUUCGUGCUCCAAGUCCAACAAAGACCAAGAGCCACAACGUAUAACGUAGUCGUGUGUUUAAUUUCCAAUAUUUUCAUUUCAUUACACUUACACAGCGAGGUCGAGCUGUCUUCUAAAUUUCACAAGAUUCAAAUUUAUAAUAAAAAAACAAAAUAAAAUUGUUAUUUUUGUACCUACCUUCAAAAUUCUAUGAUUUAAUAAUAAACAUCAUCAGCUGGUCUGGUGGUGGUGUUGCAACAUAAAUUCAAAGUGUAGCAUAAUAAACAAAUCAAAAGAAAAAUAUUGUAAAGUGAAGAGAAACUAAAAACUACAAACUAAAAAAACGUUGACCUUGACGAUAAACGAAUAAAAAAAAAAUUAUUAAACGAUACAAGUUGAAUUUUAGUUUUAAAUAAAAUAAAUCAAGUGGGAUUGUAAAUUGUAAUUGUGACGGUUCACUGUGGCUUCGCUCACAUGGACGAAUAUUUAGUGAGUUGAGAGAUUGUACGAAUAUAUUAAAUUACCGAGUGUUAGAAUGCCAUCUUUGUUAGAAGCUUUGGAGCGGAAGUAUGGUCUGUCGGAGGACAUCGACAUUGAGGAGUCGGUAGUGCCCAUAUAUGUCCCGAAGCUGCCACCGCUACUGUGCGUUCCCGAAUUAUUAGUUCUAAAUGAUUGUGAUAUUGACUGUGCUGGCGAUACAGAAGCACUCAAAGAAAAAUGCCGUGCAGUAAAAGAACUCGAUUUAGCGCAAAACAACUUGAGGGAUUGGGAUGAGAUAUUCCGAAUUUUGAAACACAUGCCGAAAAUCGAGUUUCUCAAUCUAAGUAAAAAUCGAUUUUAUGGACCAGUAACAUUUACGCCCGCCCCCGCUAUGAGCGGUCUCAAAAGUGUUGUAUUGAAUGGAACUUGCUUGAAUUGGAAUAGUAUUGAUAUGCUUUUGAAAUGUCUGCCAGUGCUAGAAGAGUUGCAUCUUAGUUUAAACGAUUAUCAGAAUGUGCUUAUUGACACUCUUGAUGAAGACGCAGAUGCAGAAGCGGAUGAAGAAACGGAGAAUCGUAAGAAAAGAGACAGUGAGGAUAAUAAUGCCAUUACAAAUACUGAAACACCACCGAUAGCCAUAAAAGACUUUGCCAAUACCACACAGACAGCUAAUGCCGAGUAUUCAAAUUUAAUUACCAAUUCCGGCGCCGAUAACAACAAGAGUCCGUCAGAAUCUACAUCCUCAGAAAGUUCUUCAUUUAAAAAAGUGCCAGCUCAUAAUGGUGUGAAGAAAUUGCAUUUUACUGGAAAUCCCGUUGAAGAUUGGAAAGAAAUAUGUCGAUUGGGACGGGUUUUUCCCAAUCUUGAAACAUUAGUGCUAGCCGAAUGUCCAUUGAAAUCAAUUGAGCCAAUUUCACCGACAGAUUCUGUUAAAGUUGUUGCCGACGAUAUGAACAACAGAGAAUCGCCUCAUAAAUAUUUUUCUAACUUAGCUAUUUUAAAUUUGAGUAGUACUAAAAUAAACACAUGGGAAGACAUCGAUAGGCUUGCGAAAUUCCCCAGUUUGAGAAACCUACGUGUACAGAAUUGGCCUUUAUGGGAAAAAUGUGAAGCUACAGAGCACGAACGACGGCAACUCUUGAUUGCCAGAUUACCCUUUCUCAAGACCCUAAAUGGUGGUGGAACUAUAACUGCAGACGAAAGAGAAGAUGCCGAACGAGCAUUUAUUCGCUAUUACAUGGAGCACCCCGAGAGUGAUAUACCCCUGCGAUACAACGAACUAAUUGCUAAACAUGGAAAAUUAGAUCGUCUUGUUAAUGUCGAUUUAAAACCUGAGAAGAGGGUUAAAGUAAACUUUACAUUUGGAAAUAAUUCAGAAGCGCGAUUUGUCGACGUUUACAGGAGCGUUAUAGAUUUAAAAUCUCGUUUGGAGAAAAUCGUAAAACUUCCAGCAAAGGAUAUGAGGCUGUUUUAUGUAGACCAGGACUUAAAAGAAUUACAAGGACCAGAAGAAAUGAAAUUUCCAAAUAAACAAUUGUACAGUUACAACAUAAGAUCUGGCGAUGAAAUUCUUAUAAUUCAGAAAAAUUGUUAACAAAUCAUAUUUAUAUAAAAUAUAUAUUUUAUAACACUACAAAGUGAA